AUGCCGUUGGACGAGCUGACAAAGAAAAGAAGAACACGCGCAGCGCACAGAGGUUCAGCAACGAAGAUAGGGACGAAGAUAAAAGAAUGUUUAGCGAAUGCGAGUGAAACGCCUCAGACGGACAAGAAUGUGCUGAAACAGCUGAGAGACACGCUGAGCGAGAAACUCGAAGCCUUGAAACUUUUAGAUAACGAGAUUGUCGAGGUACUAAGUAAUAGUGAAGCCGAAGACGCAGAACAACAGCUGGAAAAGGAAAUUCAGGAGACAGAUGAUACGCGAGCUGAAUUACAAAAAAUAAUUCUCGACGUAAAUGACGCAUUGUUCGAAGCGCCGUCACUACCACAAGGUCAAAGUACACCAUCGAAUCUGAGUAUGAACGCUACACCAAAACAGACUGUUCGCGCAAGGCUCCCAAAGUUAGAGGUGAAAAGAUUUAAUGGGAAAAUUCAAGAGUGGCAAGAAUUUUGGGACUCUUUUGAUAGCUCGGUCAACCAGAAUGACGCUUUAUCCGAUGUAGAUAAAUUCGCGUAUUUGAAAGGUCUACUGGUUGGUCCCGCGCAGACAACUAUCGCAGGGUUCACGUUGACAGCAACGAACUAUAAAGAAGCAUUAGAACUCCUAAAGACACGAUAUGGGAAGAAAACGGCGAUACAGAGAGCCCAUAUUCAAGCGUUGAUGAACAUAAAACCAGUAUACAACGAGCGAGAUGUGCGUCGACUACGGGAAUUGUACCAUGCCUGUGAGACAAACUGCCGAGGUCUGAAAACCCUGGGAGUGGACGAAAGUUCGUAUGCUACGAUUGUUGUUCCGGAAAUACUCGACAAGCUGCCGGAAUCCCUUCGUUUGACAAUAACUCGUGGGGCAAGUGACAUCAGACUUUCUAAGUUGGACGAUGAAGGAUAUUUUAAAAGCACUAAGUGGAUCAGACUUUCUAAGUUGGACGAUGAAGGAUAUUUUAAAAGCACUGCUAGAUGAAAUUGAAUUACGCGAAGCACACGAAUCAUCUACGACGAACACGUCAAAACAAGAACGAAGGAAACCACAGUUUCUAGAUGGAUCGGCGGGUGCUCUUGUGAAUCAUACCACCAGGGAAGGGAAGCCAAGAUGCGUAUAUUGUUUACAAGAACAUUUAUCACAAGAUUGUAAGAAAAUUCAGAAUGCUGGUGAGCGUAAACAGAUACUUCGUAAGUACGGACGGUGUUUUGUAUGUUUAAAAAGAGGACAUAUUAGUAGUAAUUGUUUAAAUACGAGUAAAUGUAGUGCAUGCAGUAAACGACAUCAUAGUUCUAUUUGUGAGAGCCAUGCUAAUGGGUCUAUAACCGCUGACGUCGUUCAUUCCACACAUUCGUGCGUUGGGUCAGCAAAUAGAGUAGCAUUGCAGACAGCUCAGGCUUUGGUGUUGGGAGGAAAGGAUAAUGUGAGAGUGCGGGUUAUGUUUGACUCAGGAAGUCAACGGUCAUUCGUUACGGGCAAGGUAGCUCAGAAGGCAGGAGUGCCAGUAAAGAGGAAGGAAUGGGUAGAAAUUAGAACGUUCGGACAGGAGCCAGUAAAGAAGAAGGAAUGGGUAGAAAUUAGAACGUUCGGACAGGAGAAAGUUGAAGGGAAGUUGAGAGAAGUGUUUGAAUUGAGUGUAGCCCCAGUACAGGGGGGAGAGAGUGUUAGCAUUGAAGUUUAUGGAGUAGACAGCAUUUCACAGAUUAGGAAUGAGCAUGUAGAGACAAGGAAGAAAGAUUACCCACAUUUGCAAGGGUUAUGGUUUUCCGAUGUUUGUAAGACCAAGAAUGUGUUAGAAAUAGAGUUACUAAUCGGCGCAGAUUAUUUGUGGAUAUUUCAAGAAGGGCGUACGGUUAGGGGCAAGAGUGAUGAACCUGUUGCGGUACAAACCAAAUUAGGAUGGGUGUUGUCAGGUCCACUGAAGAGUAGCUCUGAAGAUGAUGAUGGUCCUACAUCGUGUGCACAGGUAAGUAUAAACCUUAUUGGGCAUGUAAAUUCAUCAAAAAAUAGGUCCCUUGAAGCAUGUGUUGAAAAAUUAUGGGAUUAUGAAACGUUAGGUAUAAAGCAUGAAGAGGAAGCUAGUGAGUUAUUAAAUGAUUCAAUACAUUUCAAUGGCCAACGAUAUAGUGUAAGUUUACCUUGGAAGGAAGGGCAUAG